AUGGGUGUUAUCACAUAUACUGAUGAGUACACCUCCUCAAUCCCUCCAUCCAGGUUGUUCAAAGCCGUGGUCAUUGAUGCUCCCAAUCUGAUCCCAAAAAUCUUUCCCCAGGUUGUUAAAAGCAUAGAAAUCAUUCAAGGUGAUGGAGGGAUUGGUAGCAUCAGGCAGAUCAAUUUCGCUGAAGGCAGCCAACUUAACAGUGUUAAAAACAGGAUUGAUGAGCUUAAUGAAGAGAAUCAUUCAUACAAGUACACUUGCAUCGAAGGUGAUGCCUUAGCGGACAAGCUUGAAUCUAUUGCUUAUGAGGUCCAAUUUGAGCCAACACCUGAGGGUGGCAGUAAAAAUAAGAUGACAAGCAAGUACUACACCAAGGCUGAUGUUGUGCUCAGUGAAGAGGAAAUCAAGGCCGGCAAGGAUAACGCCUUGGAGAUUUACAAAAUUGUGGAAGCCUACCUCCUCCAAAACCCUGAUGUCUAUGCUUAG